AUGAUGCUGCUGAAAUCCUUGAAUGAUGUGGAGAAGUGCAUGAGCUCCAUGCAGAUGGGGACACAGAUGGUGAAGCUACGUGGCGGCUCUAAGGGUCUGGUUCGGUUCUUCUUUCUGGAUGAACACAAGUCCUGUAUUCGAUGGAGACCCUCGCGCAAAAAUGAAAACACCAAAAUUUCAGUUGACUCCAUCCGAGAGGUGUGCGAGGGCAAACAGUCAGAGAUCUUCCAACGAUACGCCAAGGGUAGCUUUGAUCCCAACUGCUGCUUCAGCUUGUACUAUGGUGAGCACAUGAAGUCACUGGAUUUGGUCUCCAGCACAAGCGAAGAAGCACGAACCUGGAUCACAGGCCUGAAAUACCUGAUUGCUGGCAUCAGUGAUGAGGACAGCCUCGCCAAGAGACAGCGCACACGUGACCAAUGGCUGAAGCAGACGUUCACUGAGGCCGAUAAGAACAAUGAUGGCAGCUUAAGCAUCAGUGAGGUUCUACAACUGCUGCACAAGCUCAAUGUCAACCUACCCCGGCAGAAGAUCAAACAGAUGUUCAAGGAGGCAGACACAGACGACAACCAGGGCACACUGGGCUUUGAGGAGUUCUGCUGCUUCUACAAGACCAUGUCAACGCGGAGGGAUCUGUACCUCCUUAUGCUCACCUACAGCAACCACAAAGAUCACCUCAGUGCAGAUGACCUGAGCCGUUUCCUGGAGACUGAGCAGAAGAUGACCAAGGUGACUAAUGACCACUGCUUGGAGAUUUUCAACAAAUUUGAGCCGUGCCCCGAGAACCAAAAGCAACAGGUUUUGGGUAUUGAUGUGGAUUGUUGGGAUGGACAGGAUGGUGAGCCCAUUGUCCAUCAUGGAUAUACACUCACUUCAAAGAUCGUCUUCAAAGAUGUGAUAGAAACUAUAAACAAGUACGCCUUCAUCAAUAACUGCUACCCAGUCAUUCUGUCUAUCGAGAAUCACUGCAGCGUUCCUCAGCAAAAGAAGAUGGCUCAGUAUCUCAUUGAAAUCCUGGGAAACAAACUGGACGUCUCUAAAGUCACAGCCGAUGAGUCUGGACACCUGCCUUCACCCGAAAUGCUCAAAGGCAAGAUCCUUGUCAAGGGUAAGAAACUGCCUCCCAACAUCGAUGAGGAUGCAGAGGAAGGAGAUGUGUCUGAUGAAGACAGUGCUGAUGAGAUGGAAGAUGACUGCAAAUUGCUUCAUGGAGAUACUACUGCCAGCAGGAAACAGGUUGAAAACAUGGCCAAGAGGAAGCUGGACAAGCUCAUGAAGGAGUCUAAGAUCCGGGACAGAGAGGACUCAGAUGGCUUUACUGUCGCCGCCAUCUGUGCUGCCAAACCAGCAGGCCGACCAGACCGUAAGGAUAGAGGUGAUGAUGGAACAGACACGGCAGAGGAGACAAACCCAAGCAGCACCAAGCGCACAACCUGCUCUCUCAUUGGAAGCUUUUCUAAACACAAGAAAAAAACCAAGCUGAAGAAGACAUUGAGCUUUGAAGACACAGAUGUGGAUCAAGAGAGCACCAGCAGCACGUCCCGUGCUCCUGUGUACUGCAAAAAGAAGAAGACUGUGAAGCUCUCCAGAGCCCUGUCUGACCUUGUGAAAUACACCUGCUCUGUGGGCCUCUAUGAUAUUGAGGCACAAGCUGGUUGCAGUUGGCAGGUGUCAUCACUGAGUGAGACCAAAGCCCACCAGCUCAUGCAGCAGAAAGCUGUUUCCUUCCUUCACUUCAACCAGCGACAGCUGUCUCGCAUCUACCCCUCGUCUUAUCGCGUGGACUCCUCCAACUUCAAUCCACAGCCUUUCUGGAAUGCUGGCUGCCAGCUUGUUGCACUAAACUACCAGUCAGAUGGCCGUGUCCUCCAGCUGAACAGAGCAAAAUUCUACCGCAACGGCAACUGUGGCUAUGUCUUGAAGCCUGUCUGCAUGUGUGAAGGUGUCUUUAACCCUAAUCUCGAGGACCCACUUCCGAGCCAGAUGAGGAAACAACUCGUGUUGAAAAUCAUCAGUGGGCAGCAACUUCCGAAACCCAAAGACUCUAUGCUUGGGGACAGAGGAGAGAUCAUUGAUCCUUUUGUGGAGGUGGAGAUGAUCGGCCUUCCAGUGGACUGCUGCAAGAAGCAGACCCGAGUGGUCGAUGAUAAUGGCUUCAAUCCAAUGUGGGAGGAGACUAUGGUGUUCACUGUGCACAUGCCAGAGGUGACCCUGGUCCGUUUUGUUGUGUGGGACCGUGACCCUAUUGGUCAAGACUUCAUUGGCCAGCGUACCUUAGCCUUCACCAGCAUGAUGCCAGGUUUCCGGCACGUGUACUUGGAAGGUGUGGAAGAGGCCUCCAUUUUUGUUCAUAUAGCUGUGAACGACAUCACUGGUAAGGUCAGUGCAGCCAGCGGCAUAAAAGCAUUGUUUCUCAAAAACCCAAAGCAGGCUUCCCUGGACAGUCCUGCUGCUGCACUGCACAACCGUAAGCACCCAUUUGGAGCCCACCUUGUGCGCCGCACAGCCAGUGCACCCACAAAAGGCCAGCCCAGAACCAAAAAGGGCAUCCCAGGGAUUGCAGCUGACACAAAAGAGUACAGUUCAGAGGGUGCUAGUGAGGACCAAGAGUCAGAGGACAGGGACAAGGGCUCUCCUGCUACUUUUCACCAACCAGCGCCUCCACACCACUGCAAUGCGGAUCCCAUGGCAUUAAACCAACCCAAGGAGCCCUGGGAACAACCUGACACCAAUGAAACUUUUCACCAUGAAGAGGACAAAGACGUCCCAACAGUGCAUACACCAGGUUAUUGUGUUCCAAGUGUUCCACUCAUCUCUGAAGACAAAAGGAAUUUGUCUUUCCUCCACGGUGCCUGCACUCCUAGAGAUGAGCAGUCUCCAUAUUACUUCUCAUCAACACCUCUGCACACACUGUGCACAGCAAUAAACGCAGCCUUACCGUUGCUCAGCUUUUCAAGUCAUGUCAUGGACAUGAAAGUGUGCAAAGACCCAGAAAAGACACCUAAUCUAGCUGGAACCACAUCUACUCCUCUUACAAACCCUGAGAGCCAGAUUGUUCUGUCACAGCUCCCGGUCCAGCAGAAUCACUCAUCCAUCCUUGGAGCGUGCACCCAACCGGAAUGAAACACAAGAAUCUUUGGGAAACAGCAAAAAUUCUACAACAGAGUUCAAGUCUGUCUGCAGACCCAAGCCUCCUGCUGACACUCCAGCUGUCUCUGCACAUCAGCUCAACCUUCUUUUCAGGAGUGUGCUUUCUCACACACCAGUACCAAGAGUCCCGUAAUAUUUGGACAGCCCCGGUUGGCCACACACGUUCAGUGGUGCCAGAGGACUGCACAAACACUGCAGUGAUGCAGAUCACAUGACAGUCAUCAAGACCUGUCCCCGUCCUCCAGCAUCUCUUCCAAUGACACAGUCACUGACUUGUUCCUGUCUAACAUGGUCAGGGAAGCUCUCUCACCACAGCCAGUCGUACCUGUGAUCAGACACUAUCAUCUGUCAUCAGUCAUUACUGCAAGAGCAAUUUAAAUCCUAAUCUUCACCAUAAUUACUGUCUCAAAUAUCAAAUAUCAGCCUUAACUGGCCACAGUGUAAGUAAUGGUCAUGUUUUUGCGGUAACAAAGUUUAUCACUGCAGUUAUUUGUAACUAUGACAUAGUUAUUUGUAACUACACUGUGGUAGAUUGGUAGUUCUUCUGCAGUAAUCCAUUUCCAGCAGUAUGGCCAUUUAGUGCCUAACACCUUGAAAAUACCCCAUGAACUUUCUUUGGAAUCACCAACCAAACAGAGCCAGAGCAGAUAGACCUGAAGCCAACUUCAUGUCUGCUCUGAUUUGAAUGGUCACCAAGCAGAAAAUACCCCUCUGAAGCUCUGCUCUCAACUUCCCCAGCCUCUGUGUUCAAAGGCCUUGGGGACCUGACCUCUGAUGACAGUUCAUUUGACCUUGACAGCAAAUUACACUUCAUCAGUUGCAGUUUCUUUGUUCUGUCAACCUUAGAACAGUUCUGCAGAAGUAGCCUAAAAAUCCCAUC